AUGGUCAUACCUCAAUUGCUUGCGAUAGUUCGCAGAAUAAAACCACUACACGAUAAGUACGUAAUCGAUGAAUUGGCCAAACAACACAAUCGUACUGUAUUAAGACUUCCACCGUACCAUUGUGAACUCAAUCCUAUUGAGCUGGCUUGGUCAUCAGUCAAGAACUAUGUCAAGAUGAAUAACACUUCAUACAAAUUACCUGACGUGAAGAAAUUAUUAAUUGAAGGUAUCAAUCGAGUAGACGAUACCAUGUGGAAGAACUUCAUAAGCCAUACCCGAAAAGAAGAAAAUAAAUUUUGGAAGUUAGACUUCAUUGUUGACGAAGUGUUAACAGCCGAAGAAACUCCAGUUAUAAUGACAAUUGCUGGAAAUAAAACGUCAAAUAGUUCGUCUUCAACGACCUCAGGUGAUGAUUUCUAA